GCCAUGCCUCCUGGGCAGGGCAUUAAGAGCUAAGGCUGAUCCCAAGAAAAAAAGCCAAGGCCGUGCUGCUGCUACUUAGGGUGGGACCUCGGGGGCUGCCCACCCCGCUGACUGCCGGGGUAAGGAGCAGGUUUUUCUCAGGCAUCAGGAAUGUCUUCUGACCCCACUUCACCCACCUUGGAGCAGUCCUCCUCCUCUGUGCACUCACCCAGUUCUCUUCAUUUGCCUGAAAAUCGCAGGACAAGAGAUCGCUCCCCGUCUCCCAUGAGAGGGUACCUCAUUCCCAGUCCGCUGCCCACCCGGCGGACCAGGACGUUUUCAGCAACUGUGAGAGCAUCGGAGGGUCCCAUCUACAAAGGUGUCUGCAAAUGCUUCUGUCGCUCCAAAGGCCAUGGCUUCAUUUCCCCUGCAGAUGGAGGGCCCGACAUCUUCGUACACAUUUCUGACAUCGAAGGCGAGUACGUUCCCGUGGCAGGCGACGAGGUCACCUACAAGGUGUGCACCAUUCCUCCAAAGAACGAGAAGCUUCAGGCCGUGGAGGUCGUGAUCACCCACCUAGCCCCAGGAACCAAGCACGAGACCUGGUCGGGGCAUGUCAUCAGCUCCUGAAGGCGUCCCAGAGGCAGCGCUGCUGCUGCGGACACGGCCUUUGUGGGUCACUGCUCGACAACUGGCUGCAAGGAACCUGACCUAAGAAUAGUCUAGGUACUGUGCGGGAGGAAAUACUGCAUUGUCAACAGCAGCAGAAGUAGGCCAAAAUUACCAUAUUUACAGCAGGCCUGAUUUUAAAAAGGAAAAAAAAAAAAGGCAAUCCAGAUGCUAAUGAAAUGAAAAAAAAAUAUAUUAAUGUGUUCACAAAAAUGUAUUUUAAAGAGAUUUAGUUUAUGUGCUUUGAGGGGGGUGGAUUUAUUUUUUCCUUUAUCUUGUGAACUGAUUCUAGUGAAUCCCCAGGGGAGUCGGGGAGAGGUUUGAAGGAGAGCUCUUGCAGCACACAGCCAUAGCAGAGGUGCAGGUCCAAGGCCCCACGGGUGCGUGAGCAUCGUGAUCCCUUGAGCUGCUCUUCUGCAAGUGUUAGAGCAUGCUUACUGCUGCAGCAGAGCUUGAAUGCCUUGGCUUUAGAGUGUGCAAGCUGUUUCUUGCUGUGAGUUGUUUUCCUCGUGGAGGGAAGCUCACAAACGGAGCAGCUGCUACAUGGUGGAGAAUCUGCGCCUGGUGGUUAUGCGCUGUUGGCCAUGGCUGGGUGCCCUUCAGGUGCAGUGUUUGCAAAUGACCUGUCUUCAUAGGUGUGGAAUUCUGUGUUGUUUUUUUAAAAAGCCUGGAUUGUUUGUGAAUUUACUUUGGUGCCUUGAUGGUUGAUUAACAACAAAUUUUAUAGGCCAGUAUUUAAAAAAAAAAUAAAAAUUAAAAAAAAUGCUUUAAGGUAAGUGGUAGAAAGCUGUAGCGUAGCUUUGUAGCCUCUGGGUAUCUGAAUUUAUACAAAUCUGAAGAUUACCUUCUUGAUUGCAUAUAUAUGAUGAAUGUCUGCUAUGGUAUUUCAUGCGACAGACAAAAUAACUGUACUUCUGAAAAGCAAGUUACAUGAUUCUCUGAUUCUAUCAUAUGCUGUUUAGCUCAGUGUAUACUGUGCAAGUUACUUAAUAGGCUCAGCUGCCUGGGCAAAGUAGAUUCUGCAGCUGUAUUUCCUUGGAAGACUUGCUUGGUAGGAUGUGGUAUGGUCACCCUUGCCCUGACGCUCUUCUCUGCCUGCAAGAUUUCCUGUAGUUGAUGUAGUGCAACUAUGCUGCUCCCGUUUGCCUUCCGUACCUUUUUUUCAAAUGAAGCAUCUUUCCCUUUUGUUUCCUACCAGUGGAUUUUUAUUGACUUUGCAAAUAAUAAUAAAAAAGAAUAAAAAUAGAAAAAGAUGGCAUGCUACUCUUCUGUCAGUUACAUGACAGUGUAACUUCAGUUGCCUGUUUGCGGUUUUAACAAUAGGCACUUGCUGUCAUGAAAUGUCGCGACUUUCACAGCAGAUGAGCUGUUCCGAGGGCUGAUCUGCAGAGAGCUCAGCUACAUGAAGGUUGGUAGCUGCUGUGACUGCUUGUUUUACUUUAAGCUGUGCCUAUAUUACACUAUAGUGUACAGUAAGGAUGAGCCUGCAGUGGUGUGUUUUUGUUUUGUUGUUUUCUGACAGUAUGACUAAGUAAUGGUGGGUUUAACACUAACUUGUGGAAUAUCACACGUCGCUUUCUUUACAAUAAAUGCGAUCAUUGUAAUGCUUUAA